UCAGCGAUUUGGCGCUAGACUGUCUCCGGUUUACUGUACGGUCUAAACCAGCUGCUAUAACAUAGACACUUUACUCUUUCAGCUUUUGACUAGGGUUUCAAUAUAUAAUCCUAUGACAUUCAUGGACAAUAAUGUCUGAAGAGGAAAAUAAGGUUUCCGAUGAACUUUUCAAAGAUGUCAAAUUCUACGUGGUAGGGGACAUUGACCAAAAGGUGGUGCAGCUGCUGAAGGCGGGGAAAGGGAAGGAGGUGUCCUACAAUGCUUUGGCCACUCACAUCAUUGCAGAGGACGGGGACAACCCCGAGGUGGGCGAGUCAAGAGAGGUCUUUGACCUACCUGUUGUCAAGCCGUCCUGGGUGAUCCUCUCAGUCAGAUGUGGAGACCUGUUACCAGUUACUGGAUUCUCCCCAGAAUCAGGACAGAUAUUCUUUGGUGUGACAGCUUGUCUUCCCAGGCUUCCAGAUGAUCUCAACGCUUUGUGGGCGUACAUAACCUUUUAUGGAGGAGAAUGUCAACUUAACCUCAACAAGAAGGUCACCCACUUAGUAGUGAAGGAGCCAAAGGGGGCCAAGUUUGAGUGUGCCCUGAAACACCCGGGCAUCAAGAUCGUCACCCCGGACUGGAUAACACAUUCUGUUAAAGACAAAAGCAGGAAGGAUGAGGUGCUCUAUCACCCCAGACUCACGUACGUGGAGCCUGACGAAGAGGAGGAGAGUGAAGCAGACUCAUAUGACCAGCACUCCCAUUCAGAUGGAAGCUACAGCCCCCGGCGAUCCAGGCUGUCCAGCGGCGGCUCGUCUGGUGAGGAAUCCAGUCCCCGCAGACGACCAGGUCCUAAAAAACUGAACUCUGUGUCCCCGACCUCUCCCCGUAAACCUGACCGCCGCAGCGAGCGCAUGUUUGACGACUCGGACGAUGACUCCGCCACAGAAAAGGAGGGCACCAACCUCAACUGGACGCCGGCAGAAGUCGUUACGCCGACGCCCCCUAUUCCGACCGGCACUGCCAGACGGCGAAGUGGGCCACCCGGCUGCAAAGACCCAGUGUCAUCGACAGGCAGUGGACUGAUAAACCUGUGUGCCACUGUGCCUCCGAGCAGUGGGGGAGCCAUGCCUGCAGAGGCCCGCUCUGCUGCUGCUGCCAUCAGUCACACCACACAGCAAGGUGCAUCAGUUCCAGAGGGCAUCCCUGGGUGGAGCCCGGCUGCUAGGACCCUCCGCAACAUCACCAACAACUCUGACAUGCAGCCAGCCACUCGACCCGCCAACGUAGCACAUAUCAUCCAGAAUCUGACAGCAAAUCAGACAAAGCCAUUGGAGCAGCAGUCCAAUCAGAGCCAUGCUCAAACCCCCAACAGUACCAACCCUCUUCUGUUUAAUCAGUCCAAACUGGCCAGCCAGCCUCUCACAGCAGAGCAGCAGCAACAGUUACUGCAACAGCAACAGUCACAGCAGGCAGCCCAACAGCAACAGUUACCACAGCAGCAACCACAGCAUCCCAUGAUGCACCUCCAGCAGCAGCAUCAGAUGAUGCAGCUACAUCACCAACAACAGCAACAGUCACAGGUCCCACAACAACAAGGGUUUGCACAAUUGCCCCAACAGCAGCAACAGUUUCUGCAACAACAGCAGCAAAUGCACCAACAGCAGAUGUUUUCGCAGCAACAGCAGCAGCAGCAGCAACAACAACAACAACAACAACAGCAGCAGCAGCAACAACAACAACAACAGCAACAACAACAACAACAACAGCAACAACAGCAGCAGCAUGCGUUCUCCCAGCAGCAGCAGCUACGGCCCCAGCAGCUCCUACGGCCUGGUUUACAGCAGCUGCAGCAGCAACAGGCACUGCAACAACAGCUCCAGCAGUUCCAACAGCAACAGCGCAUGCAGAUGUUUCAGCAACAGCAGCAACAACAAAAUCAACAGCAGUUACACCAACAGCAUCUACAGCAGCAGCAGCAGCAGCAUUUCCUACAACAGCAGCAACACAUGCAGCAGAUGCAGCAGCAGCAGCAGCACCUACAGAAUCAGCAACAGCAGGCUCUGCAGCACCAGAACCAGCACAACCUGCAGCAGCAGCAUCAGCAGACAGCACUGCAGCCUCAGCUCCAGCAGCCGCCUCACAUCUCCCAGCUGUUUGGACACGAGCCGGGACAAGAAAUUCCACAGGAUGGCUUCCUGUUAGGCUGUGUGUUUGCUAUUGCUGAUUACCCAGAACAAAUGGCUGACAAACAACUCCUGGCCACGUGGAAGAGGGUCAUCCAGGCAUGUGGAGGUGCUGUUGACCCCACCCUGACCAGCCGCUGCACACACCUGCUGUGUGAGAGUCAAGUCAGCAACAUGUAUGUACAGGCACUGAGAGAGGGGAAGCGCUGUGUAACAGCCCACUGGCUCAACACUGUACUAAAGAGGAAGAGGAUGGUUCCUCCUCAUCGGACGUUACAUCUGCCCUUCGCCUUCCCCCCUGGCGCCAAACCCUGCUCUCAGCAUAUUAUAUCAGUGACCGGUUUUAUGGAUGCUGACAGGGAUGACCUGAAGUUGAUGGCCUACCUGGCUGGUGCCAGAUACACCGGAUAUCUGUGUCGCAGUAACACUGUCCUCAUCUGUAAAGAACCCAGUGGGCUUAAAUAUGAGAAGGCCAAGGAGUGGAAGAUCCCCUGUGUGAAUGCCCAGUGGCUGUGUGAUAUCCUGCUGGGCAACUUUGAAGCACUGAGGCAGAUUCAGCACAGCAGAUACUGCAUCUACACACACCCUGAACCACUGGUACCUAACCCACAGCUGGUCCAGAACCUGCUGGCUGCUUGGAGAACGCCGAUCAAAGUAUCUUCUGAAGCGUUGGCGAGUCUCCAGCUGCUCCAGAAGCAGAAGAUAAGCGACUCCACCAACCAGCCUGCAAACAAGAAGGCCAGGCUGGAGGAGAUCCAGUCCCCCAAUAAGAAGCUUCCUCCAGAGUCUACUCCUCGAGUCAUGUUCACAGGCUUUGAGCCUACACAAGUACAGCAGUACACAAAGAGGUUACAUGCUUUAGGUGGUGAAGUAGCAGACGGCAGUCAGAAAGUGUCUCACCUGGUGGCUGGUAAGGUGACUCGCACCGUCAAGUUCCUCACUGCCAUGUCUGUGGUCAAACACAUCAUCAGCCCAGAGUGGCUGGAGGAAAGCUGGAGGAGCCAGAAGUUUGUGGAUGAGCAGAGCUACACUCUGAGGGAUGCAGAGGCAGAGGUUUUGUUUGGCUUCAGUUUGGAGGAGUCACUGAAAAGAGCCCACAGUGCUCCGCUCUUCAAGGGGAAGUACUUCUACCUCACCCCGGGGAUCUGCCCCAGCCUCAGCACCAUGAAGCCCAUCCUAGAGAGUGCUGGAGGAAAGCUGCUGACCAAACAGCCUUCCUACAGAAAGAUCAUGGAGCAUAAACAGAACAAGAACCUUCCAGAGAUCAUCUUAAUUUCCUGUGACAAUGACCUGCACCUAUGUAGAGAGUACUUCUUGAAAAACAUUGAUGUCCACAACGCUGAGUUCAUCCUGACAGGAGUUCUCACACAGAAACUGGACUAUGACUCAUAUCCUUUACAGCAAUGACAGCUCAUAGUACAUUAACUGCUGCUUUAGCAUGUUGGCACCGAUGGAUUACAGUUAGUGGAGCCAUAGUAUUUUUACACAUCAUCAUUAUCCUACACAGCUUUCAUUACCUAUAGUACCAACAGUAGUCUGUAUGUAUUCCGUUUGCACUUUAAGUAACUAUUCUAAAGGAUACAAUAUGUACACAAAGACAUUCUCUCAUACACACACGCACACACACGCACACGCACGCACGCAAGAGGUCGGCUGUGGAGAGAAUAUAGCACGUUGAUCUGUGUGAGGAUGAGUUGCAGAGCCACAGAGCUGCUCUCAGUCUAAACUGUGUUUCCACACGCUGCUCAGACACCACAUGUCUUCUUAAUAUCACACCAUGACAGAAUCAUCAUCAGUGCAUAUUUACUUGAAUUUCAAAUUUAAUUGUUUCAUCAUAUUGAAAAAAGUCAGUUUCUACAGGUGCUGGUAUUACAAUGCAGGAACAUUCCAUCCAGCAUUAUAAAACUAGUAACAGUCAUCAUUAAUGUUAGAUACGCUCCACUUUAAUUAGCCCACCUAGCUGAAGCUAAUGCAGUCCAAUAACUCAUGAAGGUUAUAAUGUUUUCUAGUUUGUAAUUAUUUUGUGUUAUACAGGGGUUUCUAAUAUUUAGUUCAACCCGUUAAAAUCAAUGCCUACGUUUACAUGCACACUGUUAUUCCCAAUUUGAUACGGGUCAUGUAAAUGGCACAUUUCGUUUGGAUGUUAAUAAUCAGGCCUUAUUGACAUGCCGAUAUUCAGGUUUCCGGAGCAUUCUUUGGACUUGUAUACAGCUCAUCAUCUCAUAUUGUGGAAUUUUACCGCAGUUUUCUGUUUACAAGCAACUCUGUGGACACAAACUUAAUUUCUGUUCGGAGGGAGACACGCGUACCUUAAAAAAAAUCUUAUUUUGACAGCUACAUGUAAACGUGAAUAUUAAUGGAAUAUUGAUUCUGCUGUGUACCCUUCAGACCCUUUAAUGUUUUGUUACUGUGACAACAGUUACAUGUGCUGUGGACAAAAGUGCGUUUCCUUGACAGGCACACGUAUAAGUUCACUUGAUGGUGAAGGAUGACGUGAAGAGGAGGAAGAGAUCAGGAAGCCACCUGUGUACAGUCCACACUGACUUUUCUAUGUUUUUAUUUCUGUGCAUAGAUCUCCAGUCAUUUUGUAGAUUUUGUUACCUGUUUUAAGAAUAAAUAAAUGGAUGUUAUUUUUCUGAAAUGAAUGUUUAAAUUAUGGAGAAUUUUAACCUUUUUCCUGUUGUUCAAUUUGAAUGUGUAAAGGCUUCAGCUCGUACACGCUGCUUUUUGGAAUAAAAACUACAUGUUUGUGAAAAAUGUA